CGGAAAGAAAAGGCGUCGCGGCCCAGCCUUGCUGGGAAAUCGCUGCCGGGCGCUGCUGUUUGAGGUCGCGUAGCAACCCCUCUCACGCCUCUUUCCCUCUCCGCCCUCCCCCCGGGCGCCCUUCAUGGCUGUUGUUGAGGAACCCCCGGGCCUGAGCCUUUGGGAUCAGAUCUGCGCAGAAUUUGAAGCAAGACAGCCUCCCCAUCCUGACAGUAUUGAACAGAAACCAGAGGCUGUACAUGAAGAGAGACAGGAGCCUGUAUUUACUUUUCAGCAGGUUCCCGUGGAUGCUGAAACUUUGCCAGUUUUGAGUGGGGAUCAGAUCAAAGCAGCAACUGAUGAAUCAGUUCCUCCAAAGACCCCUUCUUUCCUUUCCCUACCAACAACACCUGAGCUACCUGACUUAAAAACCUGUUCUCCAAGAGAAUUCUUAGAACAUUACAUAUUUCCCGAGCUUCUACCAGGAAUGGCAGAACUGUUGCAUCAGGCUAAAAAGGAAAAAUGUUUUGAGAGGAAAAGAACAAGAUUUAUUGCCCUGGAUUUCCUAACCGAAUGGUUAUACAACCACAACCCAAAGCGGAAAGACGAAGCGUAUGUUGAGUUCUUUGAGAUCCCUUUUGUGAAAGAUUGGCUAAAGGAUCAUCCUAGGCCACCUAUUCCGCUCUCCCUGCUGUUAACGGAGGAAGAAGCAGGCAACAUAAUUCAAUCAUUCUGGAGAGGUUACCGGGUCCGCUGUGAGCCUGAGGUUCAAGAACUGCGCCAGUGGCAGAAACACUUGAGAGAGACUAAGAACAUUAUUAAACGGGUACGAGAAUUCUGGGCCAAGCAAGAAAAAAAAGUGGGAACCAAGCUGGAAGACUCUGUACAGCCCAGCCCAGAUCGCUCAAAACUUUCCGUGGUGGCAGUCUUGCCGAAGAUGGAAGGCACAGAGAUCACGGGGGACAAGGAAGAUGACCAAACCUCUAUAUUCCAGACAAGUAUUUAGUGAAUCCACAUGAGGCACUGUCCAUCUGGACAUCAAUGUGCUAUUUAGCUCCUCAGUGAUACUGUUCCAUACUAAUUUAAAAGCCCCAUAGUAUCAUCAUCUGCUGCUGAUUAAGGGAGCACAGGGCAGCUGAAAUGGAUAAAAAGAUGUCCACAGUAACAAAACAAUGAUUCUAGACAAUUGGGGGAAUUAAAAUACCUUCUCCAUCUUUCAGGGAAGGACACUGUGUAAGACCCCCUGAUUUACAACCCACCUAAACUCUACAGUCCUUUGAUUUAAAUUUAUUUUGGUCCCAUAAACUUCAGUGUGACUGGAGACCCAUACGUUCUAAAAAUGGAGGCUGUAAAUCGGGGACCAGUGAUGCAGGCACCAGCUGAAGCUCCGACCCACACAUAAAUGGUCAGAAGAUGGCUAACCAUAUGCAUUAACUUUUGUAAGGCAGCUGUGGGGAACCUUUGGCCCUCCUGAGGUUGCUGAACAACUCCCAUCAGCCCCAGCAGGCAUGCAACAGCCAGGGAUAAUGAGUGUUGUAGUUCAGCAACAUCUUGAGAGCCCAAAGUAUCCCACAGCUGCAGUAAGGGGAAAAGCCCAGCUAGCUCAGAGUGGUAGUAUCCAGCUCACUUUCAUCAGGAAACAAGAGACUAUACUAGGGGAUGGGGAACUGAUGGCCUCUAGAGGUUGUUCGACUCCUAACUGCUAUCAGCCCCAGCCAGCAUGGCCAAUGGUCAGUGAUGGGAUUUGUAGUCCAACAUCUGGAGGGCUCAGAGGCUGCCUACUCCUGGACUAACACAGUAAAUAGUAACAAUAAUAAUCCUGGAACCUUAAUGCUAGAUACAGAUAGGAAUAUUACUCCAGCUUUUAAAAAUUAUUUCCCCCAUCUAAUCAAUAAAACUAUACAAACUGUCCAAGGAAAUGUGCCCUCCCCAAACUGCUUGCCAUGCAUUUAGCAGCCUGAUCGCCACUGCCCCUCUUCAAGCCACUAACACCACCGCCAUUGGGUUGUAAGGUGAGCCUAGUCAAGGCCUCACAAGUGUUGAAAAAUACCUGUCGUGCAGAGGUCGUCAAAAUGGUGCCCUCCAGACGUUUCGGACUACAACUCCCUUCAUCCCUGGCACUGGCUGAGGCUGACGGAAGUUGGAGUCCAAAGCAUCCAGAGGGGCACCAUGUUGGCUACCGCUGUCAUAGUGCUAUUGCAUCCCAGCAUCCCCCACGCCCAUCCCGGUUCCAGGCACAGGCAGCGGAAAAAUCUCUUGAGAGACCCCAGCCUGAAGCGCUUGGACCUUUUUAGCACCCGUGCCCAGCGACCUGAACCCAACAUCUUUUUUUGCACAUUAACAGAAAUGUCAACCUGAGUUUUAAAAAGACAAACCAAAAUGACCACAACAUUGUAAGUAAAUAGUAAAGCCUUUAUUUUGUUUUGUUAAGAACAGCAUUUUGAAAAUAAAAUGUCUUUGCCCAUG